UGCUACAGAUUUUUAGGUUGCUUACAUGUGUUGUUUAAUGUUUAGUUACAUUUAGGUUUUAAAGCAACAACAAAGCUUUCAUAUUCUUAAAUUAAAAGGUUAAGAACGAUUCAUUGGUUGCUUUAAUAUAACCAAGACAAGCAGAAUGGCAUCUGGAAUUGAUUCUGAGGCAAAGGUUCUGUCGAUUUUGGAUAAUAUUAAAAGUCAAGGAGCCAAAGAAGAGACAUCUGAUGAUAAAAAAAAAUGCACCAAAAACAUAAUUUCUAAAAAAAAGACAGAAGCUAAUGUGAUGCGCGGUAUUCCAAAAUCGGGUAGAUUUUGGAAAUCUAAAAAAGAAAGGUUUAAUACAAUAGUGAAGACUAAAGGAAUCAGAUUAAAUUUUGAAAAGAAAACAGCAUUGAGAAUUGAAUUACAGAAAACAAAAGAGCUAUCUAGGCAAAUCAUUGCAGAAGUCAAUGAAAAAGAACAGGCUAAAAAAGAACGAAGACGUGAGAAUAUAAGACGUACACUAGAAAAUAAGAAGAAAUCUGAAGUUGUUCAAGUCAUAUCAAACACAAAGAAACUGAAGAGAAUGAAGAAAAAACAGCUUAGGUUUAUUGAGAAACGUGACACUACCAAAACUGUUGCAACGAAUAAAUCUGAAUAAAUGAAUAGUUUGCAUUUUA